AGGGGACAAGUUCUGAAGAACUGCUUGCCAGUAUCAUCUCCACCUAAGAGAUUUUUCUUUUAAAAACUUAAAAAAAAUACUAAAAGCAUUGAUGAAUUAUGAAAAUCACGUUUUACUUUGCUGCGUUAUUCUUACUGGAUGUCUUCACUUGCUGUCAUGCUUAUCCACAAUUUCCCUUGCCUGACAUAGAAGAUGCAAAGUUCAUUGAAGACUGUGUGACGGCUCACAACAAGUUUCGAUCCAAAGUGAAUCCACCAGCCAGCAAUAUGUUUCGCAUGUCCUGGGAUGCUGCUUUAGCUAAGAGUGCCAAAGCAUGGGCAAAGAAGUGCAAGUUUAAGCACAAUAUCCACCUUAAAGUUGCAGGGAAGAUGCACCCCACCUUUACUACUGUUGGAGAAAACAUCUGGACUGGCACAGCCACCAUAUUCUCUGUGGAUGCAGCUCUCAGUAACUGGUUUAACGAAGUCAGAAGCUAUUCUUUCAGUAAUAAUAAAUGCAGUGGCAUAUGUGGUCACUACACCCAGGUCGUUUGGGCAGAGAGUUUCAAAGUUGGCUGCGCAGUUCACUUCUGCAAUACAGUUGAAUAUUUUCCAAGAGUUGUCAAAGCAGCACAUUUUGUUUGCAACUAUGGGCCAGCGGGGAAUUACCCAAGAAAACCAUAUGAAGCAGGAGCAGCAUGCAGUAGAUGCACUAAUGAGAAGUGUGUAGACAAGCUCUGUGAAAAUACAGAACGUGAGAAGCUGAUAAAUUAUGCCCACUGGUAUCCGGACUGGGAUACACAGCCCCAGCCACCACAGCCCCAUCCCCCCAGGCCUCCAGCACCACCGUACAACCCACCAGCUGAGGAUCUGCACCCCUUUUGUGACCAGUACUGUCUUAGUGUUUCAAUUUUAAGGCCACUGUGUUUGGUACUGAGUGUUGGUGCUGUUCUUUUAGUACAACAGCGGUUUUCACACCCAUUUUUUUAUGAGCAAUGAUCAAGUAAGAUGCUGAUAGUGAUCCCACUGCUGUAUUACUCUGAGAGAGUUUGCAGAAACAGUCAUCUCUCCGUUAUCCUUGGGAUGUUUAUCCAGCAUAGAAAAGGCUGCUUCUUUACUCAAGGCAAGGCACAAGUGGCUGUGCAUAGAGUUAGUGUCAUUUAUUGGCAUGGGUGCAACAUGCCUCUACAUCUGCAUGAGCCUCUUAGGUCUGGCGCAGGAGUAGAUUGCUAGGGAGACCACGUAGACUAUAUAUUACUAUACAUGCUACAAGCCACCUGGAAAUGCGGAGCAUCACAGAGACAUGUCUGAAGCAGUAUAGUGGAUCCAAAAGAAGCAAUAACUCAUCUCCAUUAAUCUUCAAUUAUCCCAGACAUUGCUUUCCCAGAUAAUAGAUAUUUGACUGUAUGUACUAUUUUUAAGAACAGAAAGAGUAAAGCUUGUCCUUUUUACUCUACUUAGCCUAUCUGUAUCACCCUCCAUUAAAGUUACUCUGUCAGUUGUACUAUUCUGUUCUUCUUCUCUCAGAGUUAAGUUUUGUCCUCCAUAGCUAGAAGAAUACCACGGAAAGCUGAUAGAGCAAGGAUUAAGAUGGAGUGUCAAUGGGGAGAACCUAAUUUUAGGAUGUGAGGUGGUGACAAAAUCUGAAAUGCAGAGCAGUUGACAGCCAUCCUGAGCUUGCAGGCAGGAGAGGUGGGGGGAGCCAGGGUGGGAAAACGGGAGAGGGAAGAUGAAAUGGACGCAGGACAGGUUCUGGUUUGGAAAUAGAUGAUCUUGGCCUUGUUAAAAAAAGGCCAAAUUGUUGAUGGAUUCAGUUUGGUUUUAGAGACCUUUAGGCCUUGACCCCUAUUAUUCCUAUAUACAUUUGUUAGUAAGGGAAACAAACCUGUCUUUCGAGCUAAGUGAUACUGGCUGUUAUUAGCAAUGCUUAACUGCGCUAUCAAUAUUUAAAGCUAUUACUCCUCCUCUAUCUUAGUCCUAAUGUUUUGAGAACACAGUGACUCAAAUUCUGAGCCACAUUGCUGUCUGAAGGAGCACGGCAUCCCACAGAGCAAAAACGAGCUCCAAAUGUUUGGGCUGUUGUUGUAUGCUGCAAAAU